UCUGCUUUUCAGCUUUCAAAUUUCAAUCCUUCUGUAGCUGAAACUCAGCUUCUCAGCUCUGAGAUGAGAGCCACAGAGGCUUCCCUCCCUAUGCUCAAUACCACAGACAGCCCGCAGGAGGGAGAAAUGGGUAAAAAACUGGAAGUGAAAUGUCACAGAAUCAUCUCCUCUGAGUCUCCUGCUAAGCUUUACUGCUGCUGUGGAGUGAUCACGGUCCUCACUGCAGCUGUAGUUGCUCUUUCUGCUGCUUUGUCAGUAAGAAAGACAGAACAGAUCUCAAUCAAAAAGACCUAUACUCCUUGCCCCAGAAACUGGAUUGGAGUUGGAAAUAAAUGUUUUUAUUUUUCUGAAUACUCAAGUAACUGGACAUCCAGCCAGGACUCCUGCAUGGAACAAGAGGCCCAGCUAGCUCGAAUUGACAACCAGGAGGAGCUGAAUUUUCUAAGGAGAUACAAGGGGAUUUUUGACCACUGGAUCGGCCUGCACAGAGAGUCAUCAGAGUACCCUUGGAAGUGGACAGAUAACACUGAAUAUAACAACUCGGUUCCCAUCCAGGGAGUGGAAAACUACGCUUACCUGAACACUCACGGGCUCAACAGUGCCAGGGUCUAUGUAAAUCGCAGGUGGAUUUGUAGCAAGCUCAACAGCUAUAGCCUCCACUGCCAAACUCCCUUUUCUCCUUUCUAACAUUUAACAAGAGACAUUUAACAAGGCUUUUUAGCCUGUUACCUAUGGGUGCUACUCUUUACCCUAUGGUUCCACAUUGCUAUCAAAACAAAUUAAGAGUAUUUCCUAACAUCACAAGUGAAAACCAUCUUGGAGAGCUGCACAUACAGGGGAUUACAAGAACAUAGAUGAGUCUAAAAUAGAUGCUGGCACUCAUACCUUAAGCCUAAAGUACAACUAAUGUUCAUGAGCCCCACUUUUAUCUUGUAAAGUUUUUGUGCAGAGAAGUCCUUCUUUUGAAUUUAUGAGACCACAAAAAUGAGUCCCCCAACAUGCAUGUGACCUUUAAUAAUGAAAGCAAAAUGGCUGGGAUAGUGACAUGCAUCUGUAACCCCAGCUAUGUAAGGGUUGAAACAGGAGGGUCACAGGUUCAUGAGUGGGGACUGAAAGUGUCGAAAUGCCUUAAUAAUGAUAGGGAAGAUGAGAAUCCAUCUGUAGCAUCCCAUCCUUUGGAGAUCCAUGUGGGGAGCCAACAGAAGGCAGCUAUCAAACAUGCAGCCAUCUGGAGCCAUAUACCCUGACAAGAGACUUGAUUACAACAGCCUACAACAGCUGAGCACACUCUGAUAAUAUAUCUGAUAUCCAAUAAUAUAUCUGAUAAUAUGUGAGACAUAUAAAAAGUGAGAGGCAGACAGAAGAAAUUAUUAUUAACUAUUAGGCACUUGUAGUAGGCACUUGAGACUCAAGACAGGCAACUAGGAAUUAGACACUUGUACUUGAGUCUAGGAACUUGGAAGUAAAACUUGGAACUAGGAACUAGGGAUUAGGAACUCAAGACUUGGGACUUAGACUAGGAAGAGAGACUGAAGAAUAAACGGGAUUGAAUCAC